GGGUUCAUAGUGCGCGAGCAGGCGGUCCGGCUUGAAAGCUUGAGCGGAAGCACGAGUUUCAGUUGCACGUCUAAUGUUGUGAUAAUUUCUCAGCUUCAGUAAUAUUUUGUUUUAUAAGGAUUAUGGCGUAUCCGAAUUGCUCUCUGAAAGUGAACAAAGAUCUACUGGAUCCCAGCUUUGAAAGUUACAUACUCUCUCUAGACUCAAUCCCAUGCUAUAAUGUAGAGCUGGAUGCAGGGGUGGCAGAGGUGAAACUGAAAGACACCCAGUACACUCUGGACCACAUGAAGGCUUUCGGCAUGUACAAUUACCUCCACAAGGAUCCCUGGUACGAAGAGUGUGUGUACUUUAUUGACUGCAAGGGAAGAGUGCUGAAUCUGAAGGUCACAUUGGACACGGCCCUGGGGAAACCUCGAGAGGUGUUUCGGAUGACCGCUGACCGCAGCGGACAUGAGGACGAAAGGCUUUGUGCUUCUCUGAGUCUGACCUCUGCUACCUGGGCUGCUCUCUCGGACGGGGCCGGAACUCUGACCCUGUUACGCACUGGCAACCGAGGAGAGAGCUCUCAGCUAAAGUGGGAACCCAUGUUCAGCGAAUCUUUCGGGGAGCCUUUCAUCAUCCUGAACAGCGUUUCACACGUCCAGGCAGGGGUUCAAGGGUUCCACGCAAUCGAGCUUCUGCUGCUUCGUAUCCAAAAAGAUCCUGACGACACCAAAGGCAGUGGGUUUUUCACUACACUCGAGUGGGUUACAGUCCACAACUCUGCUGGUCAAGAAAAGAAGUAUGAAGUGAGUAAGAGGAGGUUGAUGAAGGGCAAGUCAGUGCCUCACUAUGCUGCCGUGGAGCCUCAGGGCAAAGGGGUGAUGGUGGCUUCAGAAAAACCCUUCACCUUUACGCAGGUGGAUGGUGCUCCUCUGGAGGACACACCACCUGAAGACAUGGAAGUGGAAAAAACAGAGCCCAUCUACUUUUGGCAGCAGACGGAAGAAGACGUCACAGCGUGCAUCCGUUUACCCGAGGGCACGACGAAAGACGAUAUCCGAUUCAAGCUGUUGGUGGACAGUGUGUGUGUGGGUGUGGGAGACUACACACCUCUGUUACAGGGUCAGCUUUUUGCCCCGGUGGACCCCGAGGCCAGUGUCUGGAUUAUUAAAGAUGACAAAAGUCUUGAGGUAAAUCUGCAGAAGCGCAGUGAAGGGCCGCUCUGGUCCGAGCUGGUUCUGGGUGAUAAGAGAGGACAGUACAUUGUGGAUGAAGAACUGGCUGCACAAGUCCAUCAGAGACUUGCUUACCUCACUGCUGAGGAACUGAACGCGAACCCGGAGAAAGAAAAGCCUCCGUGUAACGCGCAGGAACUGGAAGACUGCGAUGGCUUUCCUGACGACAGUUCGACAUUAAUGAGGUUCGAUGGUGUCAGUUUGAAGCCCACACAUGUGGUGAACCUUGGUAGUCACCAGUACCUUUUCACAGUAGACAUAAAUCCAUCAGAAAUGCAGGCUUUCUGUCUGCGCCACGAUGUCGACGCCUUGCUGUGGCAGCCACGUCCCGAGCAGCCUGAUGCUUUGUGGGAACAUACUGCCACCUUCAAUGCACUGGGUUACGUGCAGGCUUCAAAGAGGGACAAAAAGUUCGCGACAUGCGCCCCCAAUUUCUCAUACGCGGCCCUGGCUGAGUGCGUGCGGAGAGUUUUCAUCUACCGGCAGCCAUCAGCCGUGGACACGGUGCUCUUCAAUCGCAAGCAAGGCCGCCAAAUUGGCCAGAUUGCCAAGCAGCAGGUAGCAAGUCUGGAGUCUAACGAUCCUGUACUGGGCUUUAGAGCAUCUAAUGAAAGACUGUUCAUUUUAACAUCCAAGAAUAUGUUUAUCCUGAAGGUGAAUAAUUAAAGAGACAAGGUGUGUGGGGUGUUUGAAGCGAAUCAGAUAUAUUGGUUUUCCACUUGGGUUCAAUAAGCAAAUGGUGUCCAAAUGUUGCUUUUGCACUUGAGCUACUUAAUAGUACAUUUCAUAGCCACUUAUUAACAUCAUGCAAAUGUUUAUGUUCACUCCUGGGUAAAAAAAAAAAAAAAAGAAGUGCCCCAAAUAACAAAAUUCUACACUUUGAAUAGACUUGAGAACAUUUCUCAUUGGCCAGAAAAGGAACAAGAAUGAAACAAAUGCACUUCUGAGUCUCCCCUGUGCCUCCAUUUGUUCAUUCACUUUAGCUGCAGAGAAGUGGUUUAGGGAAAACCUAGAAACAGGGAAAAAUUCAUUUCUAUGGUUUCAACACCUCUGGUGUCACAAAAUUCUUCAACUCGUCAUCAGCUGAUUGAAGCUCAUCCAGAACGAUUCUUCUUUUUGUAAAAGGUUUUACAUGUUUACACACAUCAAAUGAAACAUCUAUCAAUACUAAUCUACAUCAUCUAUUUGAUUAGAAGCUUCAUAUGUUGCUAUUUUGGGAUUGUCCUGUUUUGUCUUGGUUGCCCAGGAGUGUACAUUUAAUUAUUUAUAUAUAUAUAUAUAUAUAUAUAUAUAUAUAUAUAUAUAUAUAUAUAUAUAAAGCUGUUAAUUCUAAGGUGGUUCCUUUUGACAGUUAUUCAUUGUUUUUCCUCUCUACAUGGCCUUGGAUAUUAAUUUCCUAUAAUAGAAUGUCUGCCUUAUUCAACAAACUGAUGCGCUUUUAUUCAUUUAUACACACACACUAGCAGAACUGAUGGGCUGUGUUCCAGAUGUGGUGAAGGUAUUUCAAUGGAUCAAGAAAUAUUGUAAAAUGAAUGAUUAGUGUAUGAAAAAAACUGCCUGUUGAUGAGAGACUCCAGAACUCCUUUUGCGCAGAACCAUAUGGUAGUGUGGCUUGUAGCACAAAUAAAAACAGUUGUGUAAUACAGUGCCUGUAAGAAAUUUGGAAA